GCACAGACUUUCAUUAAGUACUGAAAGAAAUAAGUGGCUGUCAUUUUUAUUAGCUAGCUGAGUAACCUGUUUCAAUCGUCACAAUCGCUUUUUAAAGAGGCGUUGAAUACAGGAAUUAACCGUUACUUCUCUGUUAGUGACACCUAACUACAUUUCUUUUGAUUCCACUUUGCUCAUAAAACUAUGCAGAUCCUUGUGAUUAAUCCUAAUUCAUCAGAGAAUAUCACAACGCUACUGGAGAAAACAUUAACUAAAUGUUGUCCUCCCGAUGUUUCUCUCGAAUUUUGUACUUGUCCAAAGCCAGGAGCAGCCGUGAUUGAUUCCAUCACAGAAGCAACUUUGACAGCAGCUCUCAUUUACCAAAAUAUUCUUACCCCAAAACUCAGUGGCUCAUACGAUGCAAUUGUAGUCGCUUGCUACUCACCUACACCGUUAGUUGAGAUGAUACGCGAGUCUUUUGACGUUCCCUGUCUCGGUAUUGUUCAAGCCUCCAUUCAAUCAGCAAUGUCUGUGGGUAGGCGUAUCGGUAUUUUGACAACCACGAAGCGCAGUGAGUUGAUGCUAUAUGAGUUACUAAAGCAUUUAGGGAUUUCGCGAACAAUUAUUGCGGGUAUUCAAUCCAGCGGCCUUACUGUUGAACAGUUGGCCACUCUUCCCGAGGAAGAACGAAUCUCGUUACUAGUGAGCAAAGCAAGAAAACUUGUACUCGAUUUAAAUGCCGACGUCGUUUGCUUGGGUGGAGCUGUACUUGCUUCCUUACGCGACCUCAUUCAAGAAGCUAUAGGCCCGAAUAUUGUCAUUGUUGAUGGUGUACGUUCAGCGGUGGAGCAGUUGGCAACACUUGUCCGUCAAGGCAUCCGUACAAGUAAAGGAGGCAUCUACACAAAGAUUUAAUUAAAUGUAAACUGUUUUUCGUUAAUUCGCGGGCUUGAUUCUACUUCGAAAAUCUUUUAGUAUGUGUCUUUGUUAAGCCUUUUCAGUUACUGGAAUAGGUAAUUGCAAGUUUUUACACAGUAUUUACUGGAAUUGUUUAUACUUUUGACUCCUUCAAUAAACAAUGAUAAUGUUAAUGAUACAAGAUUCAAUUACUGACAUAUUAAGUUUUAUAGUUAAGUUGUACAAAGAUAAAAUAUGUGAUAUUGAGCAAAAUUCGGUGCAAUAGCAGCAACAGUCUUAGUGUUACAGAAAAAUAUAAAGUCAUACAUGAAACCGCA